AUGGAAAUUUAUUCAAAUGAAUCUCUUCAACUAAGAAGACGUAACGAAACUGGUCGUGUGGACGAUGGUAAUUUCGGACCUUUUUACAAAGUCCCUGGGAAAGCAACAUUCGACUUCACACUCCUCUUCGAAGAAACCAUUCUCUCAAUCGUACCUUCAGUUCUCUUAUUAUUCCUAGUACCACCGAGAAUUCAGCACCUAUGGAAAUCUCCACGAAAAGUAAUCAGAAGCCAUAUUCUCACCACAAAAGUCAUUCUGCUCUCCAUCUUCAGCAUCCUCCAAAUCGUGAACGUAAUCACAAUCUCUCACUCUCCCCUCAAAACACGUGCCUCACUACCCGCGGCUCUCCUCGCACUCAUCGCCACCCUUGGUUUGUGCAUUCUAUCUUAUUUCGAACAUAGUAGGAAUGUUCGUCCCAGCUCGAUCAUCAACGCAUAUCUUUUCUUCACGUUACCAUUCGAUGCCGCACAGUUGCGAACAAGGUGGCUGCGCGGUGAUAAUGUAGCGGGUAAUGCGAUUUCAACGUCUAUUUUGGGAGUUAAACUCCUGCUUUUGAUUUUGGAAGCGAAGGGGAAAAGAAAGAUUCUUUUCCAGAGAUAUGGGUAUCUUUCGACGGAAAGUACGAGUGGAUUGUUUGCGAGAAGUUUGUUUUGGUGGCUGAACCCGCUUUUUAGGUUGGGGUUCGGAGGGGUGGUAAGAGAUGAGGACUUAUUCGUGGCUGAUGGAGAGUUGUUGUCGGAUGCUUGUGAGGAUAGGUUGAGAAAAUAUUGGGAAAAACGCACGAAAUAUCCUCAAAAUCACACUUUGAUGUGGGUAAUGCUACGAGCAAUGUUAGGACCGCUUACUGCAUCUAUUCUACCACGUCUAGCAUUAACAUUCUUCCGCUUUAUGCAACCCUUCCUCAUCAAUAAAAUUGUCUCUCUCGUUAGUAAUACCAACUCCGAAUCAUCCAACAAUGGCUGGGGCCUAAUCGCCGCUUCCGGACUCAUAUAUAUUGGUCUAGCCCUCACAACAAGCGCAUCUCAACACAAGGUCAAUCGCAUGACGACUAUGGUACGAGGCGCUCUCAUCAGCGCCAUCUAUUCCCACACUCUCGAACUCUCCCUACCAAAUCUCGACCAAUCCGCAGCAGUGACUCUUAUGUCUUCAGAUGUCGAACGUAUCUGUGUCGCCUUACAGCCGAUCCAUAAUCUCUGGGCUAGUCCCCUCGAAAUCGUACUAGCGAUUUGGUUAUUACAAAGGGAGAUCGGCAUUGCACUUUUAGGACCAUUAUUCGUAACGAUAACAGCGGUCUCGGGCCCGUUUUUCAUGGCGAAAUAUAUGGGUGCUGCGCAGAAGCUUUGGAUGGAUAGGAUUCAGAUGAGAAUCGAUACGUCGGUGAAAAUGCUGCAAUCUAUAAAGGGAGUUAAGAUGUUAGGUCUUAGCGAGAGAACAUCGAGCGUUAUUUCUCAACUGAGAGAAAAUGAGAUCAGGAAUUCUCUGAAAAUGAGGAGGUUAUUUGUGGUUAUGAUUGCUUUUGGUAAUGUGUCUGAUAUUUUCGCGCCCGGUGCGGCUUUCAUCAUAUAUGCUAUUGUGGCAUCGGUGAAUGGGAAAGUUCUGGAUGUUUCAUCGGCAUUUACUGCGUUGUCGCUUAUUGCGUUGCUGGUUGCGCCUAUUCGAGCGAUUGUGUUUGCGGUUCCACCGCUUAUUGCUUCGGUGGGAUGUUUAGAUCGUAUUGAGAGUUUUCUUACUUCCGCUACGAAGAGGGAUCAUCGUCUUGUAUCACAGCGAGUGCAAGGUUUAUCAAGUGGCCAUACCAGCCUUGGGAUAUCAUCUAGAGAUGUAUCUGCAAGCUCUGAGAUUGAGCUGGAGAUUACGAUGGUGAGAGCAGACAAGUCAGAAUCACCGGCAACGAUUGCUGUCAAAAAUCUAUUUCUCGCUUGGUCAACUGAGUCCCCUCCAGUCGUUACCGAUGUAUCGUUUUCCAUUCCACCCGCCACCCUAACAAUGAUCAUCGGACCAAUUGGCAGCGGGAAAUCCAGUCUUCUCAAAGGUCUUUUAGGAGAAAUCCCUUCGACAAAAGGAAAUGUCUAUAUCAACCACUCUCAAGUUGCACUUGUGGAUCAAACCUCUUGGAUUCAAAAUUGCAGUAUUAGAGAUAAUAUUAUCGGGACUAGCGACUAUGAAUCUGCAUGGUAUCAAAGAGUCAUACAUGUUUGUGCUUUGGAGAAUGAUAUUGAAGGAAUGAUAGAGGGUGAUAAUACUAUUGCGGGAUCUGGAGGAGCUGCGCUUUCGGGAGGCCAGAAAUUGAGAAUCGCACUUGCUCGGGCAGUUUACUCCCGUCAUAAAAUUUUGAUGUUGGAUGAUGUAUUCAGUGGUCUGGAUAUCGUUAGUGAAGAACAGAUUUUUACUCGCUUACUCGGUAGACACGGAUUGCUUCGUCAAUUAGGUAUUACGACUAUACUAGUUACUCAUGCGGCACAUCGUUUAUCGUAUGCGGAUGAUAUAAUCGCUUUGAGUGUUCGUGGUACAGUCGCGGAACAAGGAACAUUUUAUGAUCUAACUAGGAAAAAUGGAUACGUAUCUAGUCUUGCAACGAAACGGGUGAUAGAGGAAGACACGUCUAAAGAGUCUGAAUCUGUGGAUAUGAAAGAUGAUGAUACAGCGAGACAAAUCGCGUGUGCGGAUCUCGAGCGUCCGAUUGGGAGCUGGGCGACUUAUCAAUAUUAUUUUGAGAGUUUGGGAUGGUGGAAUAUGGGAAUGUGGACGGGGAUGAUAGUUUGUUAUUCUUUACUAUUGCAAUUUCCUAGUUCAGAACUCUGGAUUAAAUUCUGGACAAGUGCCAUUGCCAUUCAUGGAAGUUCAAUCAAUGGUUUCUACCUCGGUAUACUCAUAGCUGUUGAGGUAGCAUCCAUGCUUCUACUCAUGAUCCUCACCAGCAUACUUCUCUUGAAAAUGAUCCCCCAGUCCGCCACCAUCUUACACACCGCACUUCUCACCACCAUUUCUAACGCCCCUCUCUACUUCCUCACCAAAACAGACACAGGAUCAAUCAUCAACCGCUUGAGUCACGACCUCUCGGUCCUCGAUUCAGAACUCCCCAUUGCGUUCCUAAUCGUCAUUAACAACAUUUUCACAUCUCUCAUCCAAGCCCUCCUCAUCUGUAUCUCUGCCUCCUAUUUCUCCCUCGCACUCCCUUUCAUUCUCAUCCUAAUUUACCUCCUCCAAAAGUACUAUCUCCGCACCUCUCGACAAAUCCGCCUCAUGGAUCUCUCAUCCAAAGCACCCCUCCACACACAUUUCCUCGAAACCCUCACUGGACUCCUCACCAUCCGCGCAUUCGGUUUCCACACUGUCAUGCAACAACGCCAUGCAAAGCUCCUAGAUAAUUCCCAGAAACCUUUUUACCUACUCUAUUGCAUCCAAGUAUGGUUAAUGCUCGUCAUCGAUCUUUUGGUUGCCGCUCUGGCGAUUCUGCUCGUCGCGCUAGUGGUGAAAUUGAGAUAUACCACUGAUGCGGGUCUAGUAGGUGUGGCGUUGGUGAAUAUUAUGGGAUUUAAUACUACGCUUUCGGCGGUAAUUAUUCAUUGGACGGCGACGGAAACGAGUGUGGGAGCGGUGGAAAGGAUCAGAUCGUUUGUGCGUGGGACUCCGGACGAAAAUCGAAAAGAAGAUGAGGAUACUGAAGAGGGAGAGACAGAGGUAGAGGUACCGGAAGAUUGGCCCAAUAGAGGUGCAAUUCGAAUUCAGAACGUAACAGCAUCAUAUUCCAAAGACCAAGAACCAUGCUUACGAAACAUCAAUCUUGAUAUUCCCGCAGGUCAAAAAAUCAGUAUCUGCGGUGCUUCCGGCGCGGGAAAAUCAUCUUUCAUCGUGUUACUUCUGCAUAUGCUGGAAGUACAGCAGGGAUCAAUAAUGAUCGAUGGGAUUGACAUCCUCAAGAUUCCACGACAAAUUUUGCGAGAACGUAUGGUUGUUAUACCGCAAGAUCCAGUUUUUGUCAACGGUUCGAUUCGCCAGAAUCUCGAUCCCUUUUCUCUGCAACAGGAUGAUGUGGAAAUUAUAGCUGUUUUAGAGAAAUUGGGACUUUUUCUUCCUGGAGUGAUUGAGAUCGAGGGGCUUUCUGAUGACUUUGAUCCGUAUUUGUUAUCGCAUGGACAGCGACAACUCUUUUGUCUGGCGCGUGCGGUGCUAGGGUAUAGAUGGAUAGCGAGGGUGAAGAAGAGGUGUCCGAUUGUGGUUAUGGAUGAGGUGAGUGCGAGUGUGGAUGUGGAGACAGAGGAGGUGAUGAAGAGGAUUGUGGGGGAGGAGUUUGGAAGAGCGACGGUGCUAGGGGUUGCGCAUAGGGAGGGCAUGGUUCGGGCGUGCGAGAGAAUGGUGGUUUUUGCGAAGGGGAGAGUGUUAGAGGGUAGUAGGAGGAAUUGA